CCAAUAUAAGAACAAAUACUGUGAUAUUUGAGAUAAAAUUGAUAAACAUUGUAACGUUUUUUAUGUUUUUUUUUUUUCUGAACGGUAAACCAAAUGUUAAUAUUUUACACGGAUUCUUAAAGGAUGAUGCGAUUGCAUUGGAAUAUAUAAUGAAUAUAAAUAUGUAUGCUCAGUGAAUGUUUAAUAAAAUUCGUACAAUAACAGAAGGUGUUCAGGAACGAUGUUUAGAUGUGUAGGAGGCUAAAUGUCAUGAAAUGGCAUCAUUGUUUCCGGAAGUAAGACGAGCAAUACGUCAUGUGAAAGUUGGAAGUUUUUAUAGCCUGUUCUUUUCAGUGAUCAUAAUAUUCACUACUAUAGUCUAUAUUCAAAUUGUGUCCCAACUAAAUCUUCCACUGGAUUCAUCUGAGAGAAAAGGGAAUAUUAUUAUAAGUGAUAUAAAUCUAGACAUGAUAUUUAUGACAAGAGGGCCGUUCAAUAACACCUCAGGGACAGACUUAAUGAGGGCCGGUUAUAAUGUCUCAAGAAAAGAUGGUAUGAUUCUCAAUAAGUACAAUUCUUCUAAUAUAACGUCUAGUCAGAUAGUUCAAAGUGUUAUAAGAUCAUAUAGUGAAAUAAAUAGUAGCACGACUAAAAAUGUUACAGCAGAAGAAACGUUCCAACAUCUAAACGAUUCAAAACGUUUUAACAAAAGUGAAACAUUGACCAUCCUAGCUCAGCAUGAAAAUGUAAGUGAUGGUAACAUAACCGUUGACAAGAGGGCUACUAAUGUAACAGACGAUGUCUCUCUAAACGCAAGCAAAGCAAUCGCCAUUGAGAACGGAUUACCUCAUGUAAAUGAUUUUGGUGCUUCUUUACUGUCUGUAAAUAUUUCCAAAUAUAAUGAUUCAUCUAUAAUUAAUGAUAUACAUAGUGAUAGAAAUUUUACGACUGGACGGAGAAAAACUUUUCGCAAAAGGAAUUCUAAAAGACCAAAUUAUUGUCCCCUGUGGCCACCCGAGCUAGUGGGACCAAUGCAAGUUGAGCAGAUGUCAAAACUUACCGACAUUCCAAAAGAAAAUCUAAAGUUGAUAAAAGAUGGAGGGAAAUUUAAACCUGUCGACUGUGAUCCAAGGGAGAGAACUGCAAUAAUUAUACCAUACAGAGACAGGGAGACAAAUCUAAAGGUUUUACUUAGACAUCUACAUAUAGUUCUACAGCGACAGAAGAUAGAAUAUGGAAUUUUUGUCGUUGAAAUGGCUUUCCCGACACAGUUCAAUCGUGGUCUACUGGCUAAUGUUGGCUUCCUGACAGCAUCAAGCGCCGGUACUUACACUUGUUACAUCAUACAUGACGUAGAUCUCCUCGUGCAAGACGACAGGAACAUGUAUAGGUGUGGUCGUGUACCUAGACAUCUCACAGCCUCGAACUCAAAAUUUGAAAACAAAUUACCAUAUCUAGCGUAUUUUGGUGGAGUGGAGGCAUUUACACCCGACCAGUUCUGGAAAGUGAAUGGUUUUUCGAAUCUGUAUUUUGGUUGGGGUGCCGAAGAUGAUGACAUGGUCUACAGAAUUAUAGCAACGAAGCAGCACUUUGCUCGUCCGCGCGAGCAGAUAGGGGGAUUUCUUGCAUUAGAUCAUGGCAAAGAUUCCAGUAAUCCUCAAAAUCCAAACAGAAUUGCCCUGUUAAAGUCUGCAAAAGUAAGAAUGAGUGAAGAUGGAGUGAAGUCAGUAAUGUACAGUCGACUUGCCCUGGAGUUCAAACCUCUAUAUACAUGGGUAUAUGUAGCGGCCAAGGAAGCAAAAUAUAUGGAAAAAUACCAACAAUAUUUGGAAAAUGGUUGACAGCUGAAAGGGCGUUAGACAUAAUUAUACCUCAAACAUCCGACAUAUUUGAUGUAUUUUGACUAGAAUAGACAAUAAGAAUAGAAUACCGACAAUGUCUACAUGUUCAUAGGCGAUGAUUAUCAUAAUAAUUAGUAACUGAUUGAUGUUUAAUAUAGUAAACAUUAUGCGAAUAAAAGAUUUAGAUAAAAAUGUGCAUGCUGCAGGUAUCAGAUGAAUAAAGUAUGUUUUAUUAAAGAAACAUCCGUUGUUGUGCUGUUUUAUGUUGUGUUAUG